GACAUCAAACAGCAGCGACGGGAGCGGAUGCGCUUCAGUCAACACACACACACACACACACCGCCAUAAUAACAGUAGCUCUCCAUCAGCAUCAGCAAGACAUCCGCAGGGGAAGCAAUAUGGUGAAAUUAGGCAGUAACCUGGUGGACAAGAUGGAGAGACAGCCGUCUGUGGAGGACGGUUUUGACAACAUCCCCCUCAUCACUCCACUGGAGGUCGGCCAGUUACAGCAGCCUUUCCCUGAUAAGGUGAUUGUGAAAACCACAGCAGAGUAUCAACUGAAGGAGAAGAAGAGGAAGCUGUAUGUGCCGAGCAUCAAGAAACUAAACAUAAACCUUUAUGAUGAGAUGUCAGAGAAGCUCAAGCUGACUGGGUUGAUUAUUAUCACCUUGGCGUUCCUGGCGUGUCUGCUUCUGUUGGUCAUGUAUAAAGCGCUGUGGUACGAUCAGCUCGGCUGCCCUGAGGGCUUCGUUCUCCAGGUACCCAGUAUAUCACAAAUACACCAUGCUGAGAACAUUUGUGGGCUACUUUACAAACCAUUUUUUGGUCUGAAAUGUAGAUGACAAAUCACACUUCUGUAAACAAAUGUCUUCACUUGUGGCUUUAGUGAAAACUAGCCAGUGGUUGCCACCGGUAUGACAUCUCAACAUGAUUUU